AGCCAAAAGCUUCAGGCUUGCCUUCAUUCCUUUUGCCCAAAGAAAAAGAGCGAUUACUCAUGGCGUCCUUAUGGCGCUUUCUCCUUUUGGCCAUCAUGCCCUACUCCUUUGCAGAGGAGGCCUCGCUCCAGCUGGAUGACGAGUGCUUGGACGAGAGUUGCACUUUGAACGCGCUACAGCUCCGAGGAGCGGCCGCCGCCGUACCUGUGGUGCCAGACAUUGAUGACAUCAUCGAGGACCCCGACGACGAAGAGGAGGAGGAGGACGACGACGAGGACGAGGAGGACGAGGAGGAUGGCGGGAAGCCUGCCGGACUCGAUGAUCACGAGGAUGAGGAGGAGGAGGAUGGUCCCAAUCCAGAUGAGGCCAGCGACUCUGGAAUUCCUGCCUGGGAGCCACUGCCGGAGGAUGCCAACUGCUCCAAGCCGGACGCGCAGUGCGGUGGUCAGUGGUACUAUGGGCCCACCUGCUGCUGGCAUGGGCACCUUUGCUACCAGGUGAACGAGUACUACUCGCAGUGCGUCACCAAAGACAAGGCCGAGGAGUUGGCCGACGCCGCGUCCGAACCCAGCACCACCACGACCACGACCAAUGCGGACCCACAGGGCUGCCAAAUUGGCUAUGGGCAGUGUGGUGGCUUUGAUGAGGACACCAAGACCAAUUGGACGGGGUCCACCUGUUGCCAUGCUGGAUUCAUUUGCUCCGAGAAGAGCAAGUUCUUCUCCCAGUGCAAACCCAUGGCGAAGGGUGGACCCUUCAUGCCCUACAAGCCAACCAAAGCGCUUGAGGAGCCCUCCGAUGCGCCGGUCUUCACCUUCUACGUCUACCGCGCCUCCUCUGAAGAGGGAAGUGACUUGCUGGACAACAUCAACGUGGGGAACUUGGCCGGCACCUUGUGGUACCUGCAAAACGAGGUGGUCUUCGUGCGGCCCAGGAAGUUCAACAUCUCCAAGAUCGUCCGCUACAAGAUCUCCACGAAAUCCACAACGCCCUUGUACGACCUGGGCAUGAACUUCGGCGUCCGCUUCGCCUACGACUCCGCGCAGUGCGAUGGCCCAUGGUCCUGCGACCUGAACUACGACCGCUUCGGGUACUUCGUGGGUUGCAACAACCUCGGCUCCUUCCCCUUCCCAACCUAUGACAUUCACUACCCCGGCGCCAAGUGGUAUGCUCUUCCAGGGCCUUGCUCCUCCAAGACCUACCAGGACAAGGAUGCGAAGUGCAUCAAGGAGCAGCCAGGUGGUCGUUGUGAUGGAACACCCACUGGCCAAGGCAACUGCACCUACAGUAUCGAGGUGGUCGGCUCUUUGACCAUCGAUGAGAUCGACGGCAUCAAAGACUACCACGAAUUCAUUCACACAGGAGGCGUCGAGUUCAACAAGACCUUGGACAAGGGCGAGGGGUGCACCUUUUGGAACAACAUGAACGUCACAGCCAAGAACAUUGAGAGGGUUGAGAAGGUGAGGGCCUUGUUUGAGAAGAAGUAUCCCGAUCAGCCCUUGGAUGAGGACAUGGAAGCGCCAGCCUGCGACUUCAACUUCACCGCCUUCUAUGGUAAGGAUCCUUCAUAUCUCACCACCACCGCUGCGCCCACGACGGAGGCCGCAACAACCGAGGCUCCAACCACCACUGAGGCCGCAACGACUGAGGCUGAGACCACCGAGGCAGCAACAACCGAGGUGGCAACUACUGAGGCAGAGACAAUGGAGCCCGCCACCACGGAGGCUGAGACCACCGAAGCUCCGACCACUGAGGCUGAGACCACAGUGCCAGAGACUACGGAAGCAGAGACCACUGAGGCUGAGACUACGGAGACCGCCACCACGGAGGCUGAGACUACGGAGGCCGAGACAACUGAGGCUGAGACGACUGAGGCUGAGACCACUGAGGCUGAGACCACUGAGGCUGAGACUACUGAGGAACCAGUUCCAGAGGAGACCACCAAGACAGCUUUGAGCACACCUGCUGGCUGCAAGGAUGCGGAGUUCGGCACCCACUGCUACUCCGCAGUGACCUGGGCCAAGGAGCACGGAUUGAAGCUGCACCCCACCUGGUACCCGGGACUCACCUCGUCCUCCCCCUUCUCGGACUUCCAGGCGCGUGUCCAUCACGUGAACCCCAAGGACUGCCCACUGCCCUGCACCAAAGAUGCGGGAUGUCAUACGGCAGUGGCUGGAGAGCACUGCUACUCUGCUGUGAAGUGGGCCAUGAAGAGCGGCAUCACCCAGCAUCCCACCUGGUACAAGGGGCUGACCAAGGAGUCCAGCUUCCAUGACUUCCAGGUGGCGGUCCACAAGGCGACGCCCAAGAAAUGCCCAAUGCCUUGCGAGGCCUAGGACAGCAGUCCAAACCAUAGUGACUAGCAACGCUGUGAUUUUGGGCCUGGCUUCGGCAAAGAGCCGUCCGCCAGCUGCGAGCGUUUUUCGGUUUCACUCUUUGACACUGCGAACGGUGCUGGGCCAACAGAGGUCCAUCUCAAUCGCGGACAUGGUCUCCCGAGGCCCCCCAAAAGGCUCGAGCCCCUCCCC